AACGCCGUUACACAAGCCGGAAUCAUGACCCGGCGAGCGAUUAAGUAACAGACGAACCUAGUUAAUAUCUUCUUCCAACGCCUAUAUUUUAGUCCUAAAAACAGGCCUAAAUGUCCGAGAUAAUUAAAUAGCCUAAGAAAUGCCGAUACGUCUGUAUAACGCAAGGCUUCGCUACGUCUUGGAUAAGUGGCCAGGGAAGCGCUACUUGGGCAUGUACCGCUUCCUGCCCAUGUUCUUUGUUCUCGGAGCCGCCCUCGAGUUUUCCAUGAUUAAUUGGCAUGUUGGAGAAGUGAAUUUCUAUCGCACCUACAAGAAACGACAAGCACAGGAUAUUGCCCUACAGGAACUGCAAGACGAAGGAUUGUUGCCACAAUAAAUACCAAAAUACAGAAUCUGGUCUUCAACAAAACUAGACAAUCUAACUCCCAAAGAUCCUCUGCCUUGAAACUUGUACAUCACGAGUACUGUAAAUAAAAAUGCCAGCCGGUGUCACGUGGGGGCGUUACCUGCGC